CGGGGCGUGGCCACGAUGGCCAGGCACACUCGCGGCGGGUGUCCCGGCUAAAGCUAAACGCUGAACUUCGUGCUUUGGAGAAACGUUAAGGUUAUCCGGUUCCUGCAAGUCAUCCGGGGCCCGGUCCGGAUUCCAGGCUAAACAUGGUGGUGAUGAGUAGCCUGAGGGUCGUUCUUCAAGCCUCUCCAUGCAAGUCACUGUGGAGAAGAUUCCAGACCCCCAGGUUCGUGCCAGCGAGGCCCUGCAGCCUCUACACCUGCACAUACAAAAGCCGGAACCGAGCCCUGCACCCGCUGUGGGAGACCGUGGACCUGGUCCCGGGGGGCGAGCGCCAGUCGCCCAUCAACAUCCGCUGGAGGGACAGCGUCUAUGAUCCUGGCUUAAAACCGCUCACCAUCUCUUACGACCCGACCACCUGCCUCCACGUCUGGAAUAACGGGUACUCUUUCCUGGUGGAAUUUGAAGAUUCUACAGAUAAGUCAGUGAUCGAGGGAGGACCCCUGGAGCACAACUACCGGUUAAAGCAAUUCCAUUUUCACUGGGGGGCCAUCGAUGCCUGGGGCUCCGAGCACACCGUGGACAGCAAAUGUUACCCAGCAGAGCUGCACUUGGUGCAUUGGAAUGCAGUCAGAUUUGAAAACUUUGAGGAUGCAGCACUGGAAGAACAUGGCUUGGCUGUGAUCGGAGUAUUUUUAAAGCUAGGCAAACAUCACAAAGAGCUGCAGAAAUUGGUGGAUACUUUGCCAUCGAUCAAGCAUAAGGACACCCUUGUGGAAUUUGGGUCAUUUGAUCCUUCCUGCCUGAUGCCUGCCUGCCCAGAUUACUGGACCUACUCGGGGUCCCUGACUACCCCCCCACUCUCCGAGUCCGUCACCUGGAUCAUUAAGAAGCAGCCCGUAGAGGUUGAUCACGAUCAGCUUGAGCAGUUUCGGACCCUGCUUUUCACUUCAGAGGGGGAGAAAGAGAAAAGAAUGGUGGACAAUUUCCGCCCCCUUCAGCCCCUAAUGAAUCGCACUGUCCGCUCUUCCUUCCGUCAUGAUUAUGUACUGAAUAUACAAGCGAAACCCCAGCCGUCAACUAGCCAAGUGAUCCCCUGAGGAGUUCAUCUCUAGGCAGCGCUUUGCUUGAAUAAAUACUAGCUUUUUAAAUAUUGCUAACUGGACUAUUCUAAACACCUGCGUUUAAUAAUAAUUAUAGAUGUGCAUUUCUUGGUGUGGCAGUGCUCCAUCAGUCUUGGAGGAAAGCUCUUUGGUAAAUGAGUUCUUCAUUUGAUUGAAAAUGACAUUUAACACUGAACUAGCAGCAAGAGACAGGAGUUUCUCCUACAGUAACCUGUUGGGUAAUUGUAAUGUCUUUUUACAUCUGAUAUUUCUGUGCUGCCUCUUUAUGUUUAUUAGUUAGUAGUUCUGUAGAGUUAUAAGCAGGGAUGGUAACCAAAAUAUGUAACAACUAGAAAGGCAGACACUGACCAUCCAGAAAGCAGGCCUUUGAGAAACAGCCCGAGGGCCCAAACUGGUACUUCCUGGCUUGCUGAACGCUGGCCAUUGUUUUCGGUAUUUUUAUGUCAAAACAUGAAUGUAUACUCUUUUCUGAGGCCUUCGCAAUGAGUAUAUUUGCUCUGAUCUUUAGUUGCCGUUCCUAGUACAUGAUAUGCUUACUUAGUAUCAAUUUAUGAUAUACAAAAAGUAUUUUGUAGUUCAAAGAAGAUAAGAAUUUACUUCUAACUGGGAAUCCUUUUGUACUUCUGAAGAUUAGAUAUAUUAGUUCAAAACUUGAUCACAUAGAAAGCAUAUGCAGAACAUUUUAAAAGAAAAUGCUUGAAGUGCCUAGAAUUUAAAAUUCUUUCAUGAAUAUUUACAGAAAUCUUUUUCAAAAGACUAGUAAUAUAGUAAUAUAGUCUAUAGUGUUAUUUUGCAUUGUCUGUACGUGGUUUCAUAAAAUAUAAUCUUUUCCACAAUGAUAGAACUAUCUUGAUUUCCCUUGAAAACUGUCUGAACUUUAUUAGUUGAGGUUCUAUGCCUCAUGUUUCCAAUUUACACAGUGGUUUAGAAGAUUUUGCUAUAGUAAAAGAAGAGAAACUUAACAGGCUAAAGUCUAGAGAAUUCUGCAUAUUCUGAAGAAGCCAUGCCAUUGUUGCCUUUGCUUAUAAAUAUCUUGGAAUGUUUCUAAUUGCCUAUAAGCCUGUGUUCAAACUCAUAUUGCAUUUACUAGUGGUAUUUCUUUCAUUACUAUGCUAAUCAUCUGAUCUGCAAGGUAAGGUUGGAUAAGUAGACUUAACACUACUGAACUGUACACUGGAAAAGGUUAAGCUGGUUAAUUUUAUGUAUGUUCUACCACGAUUAAAAAUAAAUAAUACCUUCAGUAGGAAAAAAAAAAAAAAAAAAGGUUGGAGCUACCUGUGUAAGUUUGGGGGGAUAGCUGUUCUUUAAAAAGGGAGGUUGGUAAAGGCAUUUGCUUCUAGAGUACACAUCUUCUCUGGGAAGAAAAUGAAUAAAAUUCUUAAGAUAAAUGGGGAGGAGGUUUAUGUUAAGUGUAUGUAAUUGAUCUGCUCAAACCAUAGUUAUUUUAAGAGGGUAAACACAAAAGAAACACAUUUUCCAGUGCACAUGGGCUUCCCUCCUAGGCCUCUCACAAGUUCCUUGUGCAAAAUUCUCUUGCAGUGAGUCUUCCAGAUCGGAGUAAGAGCCCAUGUACCAAGGCCUGAUUUGUCCUUAAAUCUUAGAGCUACAAAGGUGUAUUUAUUGGGUGUGUCCCGGUUUGCCACUUGUGAUUCACUUGCACCUUGGGUUCUGGUGUGAUUAUUAGCAGCAGUCUCUCACUCAGCCGUGUCCUGGUUUGCAUGAUAAAUUCUUGGUCACCUUCUCCAGAGAGGUUAUGGAAAUUGCCUUGGGGAGGUGUGCUUUCCACCCCCUGCCUUAGUCAUAUGACCUUAGUCAUAGCACAGAGGGGUGCUAUAGAUUCUGGGGCUACUGAGACACCCUAACAAGAAACUUUUUGUCUUCUACGCCUCCAAAAGUGCUUCACUUGUACCUUCCUAAACUUGAAAGGGGAAAAUGGGCUUGAGGUCUGUCAGCGGGCUUGAGAAAGAAUUUUGUAUUACCAUUGCUGCUCAUCCUCAUUAAAUAUUAUAAUAAAACCCUUUCUUUACAAUAUUAA